AUUUUCAGUGAUUGGACAUACAGAACCGAUCCAGGCCUGGGUAGGAAGAACGGCAGACCUACCAUGUUACCUGUCUCCCCAGAAAAAUGCUCAAGCCAUGAAGGUGAUUUGGUUCCAGUCUCUGGAAAUAGUGCAUCACUAUGAAGAUGGGCAGGAUAAGUUUGACGAUCAAAGCCCUAAAUUCCAAGGGAGGACAGAGCUGGUGAAAGAUGCCAUCACUAGAGGAAAUGUCACCCUGAGGAUAUGGAACAUUACAGCCGCGGACAAAGGACACUACAAAUGCCAUUUUGAUGAUGGUUUGUAUCAAGAAGAAGCUGGUUUUGAACUAUUUGUCUCAGGUGAGGAAACUGAGCAACAGAUACCUUGGUGGAAAAGCGUCACUGACUUCUUUGCAGAGUUUUGGAUACUGCUAUUUGUUAUAUUUGUGAUUUUAAUCCUACUAUUAACAGGAAUUACAGCACAAACUGAGUGAGCUACAUGAAUCCAGAACUGCAGUACAAGUCGGACCACUAGACUUCUCACUUCACGACCUGAACCCAGGAGACAAAGUAUAUAUAAAGAACUUCCAGUGUACGGGAGCAACUCAGCCUUCCUGGAAGGACCAUUCCAAAUAUUGUUAACUACUCCAACAUCUAUAAAGGUUGGAGAAAAGGAUUCUUGGAUUCAUUGCUCACAUGUAAAUACAGCAUGUUCUGUUGAGAUUUAUUGACUGUAUCCUAUACAUGCAUUGGAGGUAAUUACGCAUUGACAAGUGGAACUGUUUUAUUCUACAUUUGACACAUUGAAUUCCUAAAUUUAAUUUUUUUCUUCUUUUUCCUUUUUUCUCUUUUCCUUAUUUUAUUAUUAUUCUUUUAUUAAAAUAUUUUAUUUU